AUGGCCUGGGUGUCCAAGGUGCACUUGGCCAGCUUGGCUGUGGUGCUGGCCUCCGUCAUGCUGUCUCCCGUCGUUUUCGUUUUAAGGCUCUUUCGUCGUAAUAGAGAGAGCCGUCCCGACGGACUCCAGGUCGUCUCUGACCCCAAGGAUGCCAAAUUCGAAAUCGUCGCAGUCCACGGCCUCGGCGCUCACCCAGAGUACACAUGGAGGUGCCAAGCUCCAGCCAAUUCGACAGACGCAGCCAGCGUACAGCGCGUUCACCUGCUCAAAGACCUUCUGCUGCCCGACUUCCCGGCUGCCAGAAUCCUAAGCUUUGCCCACAACUCAGACUGGCUCAUUAAUGCCCCCGUUAAAACGGCCCAGGAGAUCGGCUACAUGCUCCUGCAGCAGUUAAAAUGCCACCGAUCAAGGCAUCCGCGCAUUCCGAUCAUCUUCAUCGGUCAUAGCUUCGGUGGUAUCAUCAUAAAAGAGGCUUUGUGUCAGCCCGGCGACGACUCACAGGAUAUCGCUGACGAUACAUGUGGCAUCGUUUUCCUCGGAACUCCUCAUCAGGGCUCGCCAGUGUCUGUUUUCGGUGCUGCUGCGGCCUUCCUGACCGGCUUCCUAGGGUCUAAGAAUACCCUUCUCCUUUCUCUGAGGAAUCAUCGUCUACAGCUCGCUGACCUAGAAAUCCGCUUCCGACGCCGUAUGAAUCUUACAGAAAGCAGACGACAAAAAACCGAGAUAGUCUCCUUCUGUGAGAGCAUGGAUACCUACUUGCUCGGAUGGCUCUGGAUUGGUCCAAUUGUUACCCCCGAUUCAGCACAAGGCUACGCGGCUCAGAUCAUUUCGAUCGACACCGAUCAUUCUGGCCUCAACAAAUGUAGCCGACGAGAAGAUCAGCUGUACACUGAACUCAAGAAAGUGCUAGACAGACUUAAACCCACUAGCGAGCCAACCUUGAACGCCAACCAGCGGUAUGUUGUGGCGAAUCUGAAGGUUGCAGAGGGCGCCACAUUCGACUCGAAGACCGAGGAGCACGAGGCGAGAUGCCUUGACGGCACCCGUACCGGAGUCCUCCAACAGAUUUACAAAUGGGCGAACGACAGGGAAGGAAAAUGCAUAUACUGGCUGCAGGGCCAGGCUGGCACCGGCAAGUCCACGAUUUCUCGCACGGUAGCGCACGAAUUCGCCGCUCGCGAACGUCUUGGCGCCAGCUUCUUCUUCAAGAGAGGCGAAGGCGACCGCGGUGGAGCUUCCCGCUUCUUCACCACGGUCGCUGCGCAGCUCGCUUGUCGCAUUCCUUCCAUGGCGGAGCACAUGCGAAACGCAAUCGAGGCCGAUCCCAGCAUCAACGAAAAGUCGAUAAGAGACCAGUUCAAGAAGCUCCUUCUGGAACCCUUGAGGGGGGCUCUAGAUUCGCAGACUCCUUUGAGGACAAUGGUCGUCUUGAUAGACGCACUUGACGAGUGCGACCAAGAGAGACAGGGGAGAGAUGUUACAAAUAUCAUUGGCCUCUUGCCAGAAGCAAAGCUGCUCUCCGUCCGCCUGAGAUUCUUCGUCACAAGCAGGCCUGAGCUGCCUAUUCGGCUCGGAUUUAAGGACAUCAGUGGCAGUUACGAGGAUCUGAUUCUCCACCAGAUCCCCCAGCCCGAUAUCGAGCACGACAUCACCGCAUUCCUGGAGCACGAAUUCACCGAGAUCCGGAAGUGUUAUAAUAAAUCUGUCACGCCAAACCGGCAGCUACCUCCCAAUUGGCCUGGCGCAGCAACCGUUCAGAAGUUGGUUGAUAUGGCUAUCCCCUUAUUCAUCGUCGCCGCGACCGUUUGCCGCUUCAUCCAAAAUCGAAACAUUGGUGGCCCGAAGGAACAGCUGGCAAAAAUCCUGGAGUACCAGGCAAGCCGGAAAUCUAAUUUGGACGCAAUCUAUCUCCCUGUACUGGAACAGUUGCUGGUGGGGCUCCCCGAAUCGGAGAAGUGCCAAGUGACAGAAAGAUUCAAACAGUUCAUCGGCUCCAUCGUCCUCCUGGCCCACCCUCUUUCGACAUCUUCUCUCGCACGCCUUCUAGCGGUUCCUCUUGACGCCAUCGAAUAUCAACUAGACCUACUCCACUCCGUUCUGAGCAUCCCAUCAGACUCGGGGAUGCCGGUACGGCUACUCCACCUAUCCUUCCGCGACUUCCUCGUUGAUCCUGAGAAGGGUAAAGAACAAGACAAAUACCCCUUCUGGGUCGACGGACGGCAAGCCCAUGAGCGGCUGGCGACCCAGUGCCUACAGCUGCUAUCGACAGGCGAUACCCUCAAGAGAGACAUCUGCGGUCUGCGCCUGGCAGGAACGCGCCGGUCUGAAGUCAAGCAGCGGAUUAUCGACGACGGCCUGCCGCCUGAGGUCCAGUACGCCUGUCGGUAUUGGACCUACCACUGGAAGGAGAGCAAGUGUAGGAUUCGGGACGGCGACCUCGCCGACCGUUUUCUGACCGACCACCUCCUUCACUGGCUCGAAGCGUUAGGCCUUUUGGGGCGGGUCUCGGAGAGUAUCGGUAUGGUGGAUGAUUUGCUAGGUUUACUCGAUCGGGAAAAGAGCAGCAACAUCUUCGCGUUUCUGAUUGAUACGCGGCGGGUAAUUCUGAAUCAUUGCUCUGUUAUCGAUGCAUCGCCUCUUCAAGUCUACUCUUCGGCUAUCGUGUUCGCACCACAGCAAAGCGUCGUCCGGAAGAGGUUCCGAAACCAAUUUCCGGCUUGGCUUUCUCUGCCGCCGCAAGUAGAUUCGGAUUGGGGCGCCUGCACGGCAACGCUCGAGGGCCAUAGCGACUCGGUCUCGUCGGUCGUAUUCUCGCACGACGCAACGAAGCUGGCAUCAGCAUCUGACGACAAGACCAUCAAGCUCUGGGAUGUGGCAACGGGCGCCUGCAAGGCGACAGCGACACUCGAUGUCAGCACAUAUAUUACUCACCUUGCCUUUGGCGCAACUGGCUCCUCCCUCUCCACAAGCAUCGGCACUUUUACUUUAAGCAGUGCAUCCCCGUUAGCGUCAUCGCCUUCGCCGUUGUUGAUUUCGGCGACGCCGACGACAGUACCAUCGGUAUCAACUCCUCUCCCACAAUUUGUCGAUCGCCGGGGCGUCGGGCUCAGCAAGGACCGCACGUGGGUCACUUGGAACUCGCACCAGGUCCUAUGGCUACCCCAAGCGUACCGACCGGGAAGUUCUUCUGUAGUAGAAUCGACGCUGGCCAUAGGAUGUCCGUCAGGACGAGUAAUCUUCGUAGCGAUCUCACCUGGCCAAGAUCAUUGUAUAUAG